GUGUUGGAUGUCAAUUCUUAGCUUUAGCUACUGGUAUUAUAGUGAUGGCAUUAAUGGGUAUGUUUAAUGUACAUAGACAUGGAUCAAUGAAUACAGCUGCUAUUCUUCUCUACGCCUUGACUUGUUUUGUAUCUGGUUAUGUUUCUGCCAACUUUUAUCGCAGAAUUGGUGGUGAUAAAUGGGUCUGGAAUAUCAUUCUAACUACGUGCCUCUUUUCUGUUCCUUUCUUCGUAAUAUGGAGUAUAAUUAAUUCUGUUGCUUGGUACCACAAUUCCACACAAGCACUGCCAUUCAGUACUGUACUACUGCUUAUGAUAAUAUGGCUACUAGUUGGGUAUCCAUUGACUGUGAUUGGUGGCAUAUUUGGUAAGAAUUGGGCAAUUAGUUUUGAUGCUCCCUGUCGUACAAAGAAUAUACCUCGUGAAAUCCCACCAGUGCCCUGGUAUCGGUCUGCAUUUGUACAUAUGUUGAUAGGUGGAUUUCUACCAUUCAGUGCUAUAUCAGUUGAACUCUACUACAUCUAA